AUGGAUUUCUCCGCGUCAAUGAUCAGCAGUACCAGUGGGUACUUCUGGAUAGCUCCGACGCCCAUGGUGAUGAUGUCUGCAGCACCUGAGGCGGAGGUAGAUAUCGUUCAACCAACGUGGAGGUUAUACGCAAAUAUUCUUGUGGCAGUGCUUCAGGCCAUUCAAUUUGGAUGGUCCACCUCACAAAUGAACAACUCAAUUUUCAACAAUGAGGAGGACUGCAAUGCCCAGCCAAUUGAGCCCGGUACGUGCCUCAUGUUUCCUGGUCAUACCAAGACCCAGUGGACAAUAGCCGUCAGCUCGUGGAUUGUCGGAGGUAUGAUCGGUUCGCUUUUGACUGGACGAGUUUCAAACAAAUUCGGACGAAAACCGACCAUGAUGGCAAAUUGUCUUUUCAUGAUCGCCGGUGGCAUCAUUCAAGCUGCAUCUAGCACCAUAGCAAUUUUUACAGUUGGGCGAGUCUUUGCAGGUAUUGCGGCAGGUGGUUCAACGGCUGUUAUUCCUGGUUUCAUUGGCGAGAUUUCCCCACCACAUCUUCGCAGUAAAUUGGGUGUGUGUUUCCAAAUUUCUAUCACUCUCGGUCAUUUGCUCGUCGCAAUCACGUUCUUUUUCGCAAGUACAAGUACCGGAUGGAGGUACAUUGCUGCGUUUCCAGUUGUGCUUGCGUCACUCUUUCUCUUAUUAGCACCCGCUGUCCUGGUGGAAAGUCCCGCGUGGUUGUUAAUGGUUGACAGACCCAAGGAAGCAGAAAUUCAACUCGCGCGUCUCUUUGGUGAAGAUAACGUGUAUACAGCCAAAAAAUGGAUAAACCAACAACAAGAAGACGUUGAAUCCAGAAGAGAAGGAACCGUUCGACUACAGGACCUUGGUAUGUCAAAAGUCACACCAGCUCAAACGGAGGGUCAACCCAGUUCGCUAUAUAGACUUUUCACGGCAUUACUUCCACAAAUGCUGACGGCUAUUGGGGUUGCUGGUGCUCAACAACUUACCGGAGUGAAUGCAGUUUUCUUUUAUUCAUCCAGCAUUUUUAAACGAGCAGGACUUGCAGACGGUCGGAUUGGUGUCCUGUUAGUUAACACCAUUAAUGUACUUCCAACUUUGUUCUGCGGACUACUAGCCUCGCAACUUGGAAACCGAAAACUUGUAUUGUUCGGUUUUGUGGGUAUGCUCAUGAGUGCGGUUGGCAUUACAAUGUCGCUAGUGACUCAUGUUUCUCCACUCGCUAUUAUCUUUGUCGCGCUUUAUGUAACUACGUUUGGUGUGAGUCUUGGGCCAUUGGCUUGGGGAGUCAUGGCGGAUCUAUUUCCGGAUGAUGUGCGAGCUGUGGGAUGCUCCAUUUGUGUCGGUUGUAGUUGGUUAUGCAGUCUUACGGUUGGAUUGACCUAUCCGUACAUUGCGGCUGCUUUGGGUAAUUACAGUUUCGUGCCAUUCAUGUAUACAAUUACAUUUUCAUUUCUCUUCUUUUACUCAAUCGUGCCCGACACGUAUGGAAAGACCAUCCAAGACAUUCAGGACGAGUUUGCUGCAAAAAAGAAGCCGAUUCCAACAAAGACUGAUGCAUGGCGAGUGUCUGGUGCAAGUCAGAUUCCCAUCUUGGGAUAA